AUGCACACUUGGAUCCCAUUUCUACCGUAUCUCCUUUUCUCUACAUUAACACCAGGCGUCCAGGGAAGGCGAGGUGAUGGAAGCGGAGAUUCAGACAACUAUGACUCCGGCGAAAAUAGUGGAGGCGGCAGCACCGACUCCUGCGCCACGCCAAAACAGCCAACGAUCUGGAAGUGGGACCUGAUUCCCAACAAUGCAGACAACUACACCUCUGGCGGUAUCUCGGGCCGAGAUACAAGCUACGAUGGGUCCUUCUUUAAGGGGGAAGCCUCUCUCCAUUACACCAUCACUGAGGGUGAAACAUGCUACCGGUACAAGGACGAUGCCGAGAAUACCAUACAGAUGCUCGGGUAUGUCUGGAUUGGCCCGCAGGCACCGUACCCCGUUGGCCCGACCAACCCGAUAAUUAUAGGGUUCAAAGCAUGGGAAUCGCGCAGGUCGUUGGACAAAAUUUCGGACUCGUAUAGCUAUAUUCAGUGGGAUGAGAGUCAGAUUGCUUGUCCCGGUUACCCGGACCUUUUCAGGAUUACGACGACCUAUGGAUGGACUGAUUUUGAUGCGCGGUCGUACGAGGCUAUGGACGUGAUGAAUAUGACUAUCUCCGAGGCCCCCACUCUCGCUCAGGGGGACCGGGACCAGGACCAGGACAGGGUGCACUUUAACGCGACAAUGCCCGAUAAACUUGAUCAUGACACCCAAUGGCUUCUUAGGUUCCCUGGGCGGAUAUGUUCAAAUGAUCUGAGUUACUUGCUCAAUACUCCCCCGGAACAGUUAGCGAUGAAUGGCUCCUUUACGAAUACGACGUUCGAGUUGACGCUUUCGGGGAGCGGAAAGGCAGUGACAAGCGAGAAGCAUCAACUGUCCGCUGAAUUUCGCGUGAGCUUUUCGGGUGUGUUUGACGGGGACAAUUCCACGGAAAAGUUGAAUCUGCGGCAGCCUGAUCAGCCGCUUGUUGCAUGGGUACCGAAUUCUGGCCUGCGCGUUGUCUCUGUUGGUUGGAUGACCAGUUUUAUAUGUCUUGGGGCUCUUAUGGUAUUUAUGUAA